UGUUGUCUUGGGAACAAAGAAAAGUUUCGUCUUCUUGAUUCGAGAUAUAUAUAUAUAUUUCAGACGGAGAACGAAGAGAACACUCGCCGGAGAAACCCUAACAGCAGAAGAACCAACGACAACCAGAUCAUAUAAUGAGUCGUGGAAGUGGAGGCGGAUACGAUCGUCACAUUACGAUAUUUUCUCCUGAAGGGCGUCUCUUUCAAGUUGAGUAUGCUUUUAAAGCAGUCAAAGCAGCUGGGGUCACUUCAAUUGGUGUCCGAGGGAAAGACUCUGUUUGUGUUGUGACCCAGAAAAAGGUCCCGGACAAGCUCUUGGAUCCAACCAGCAUUACACAUCUUUUCUCGGUCACCAAGUUCCUUGGGUUGUUAGCUACUGGCACUACAGCCGAUGCAAGGACCUUGGUUCAGCAAGCGAGGAAUGAAGCAGCUGAGUUUCGUUUUAAAUAUGGAUAUGAGAUGCCUGUUGACGUAUUGGCUAGAUGGAUUGCAGACAAGUCUCAAAUAUAUACUCAACAUGCUUACAUGAGACCACUUGGAGUAGUGGCUAUGGUUUUGGGUAUUGAUGACGAGAACGGACCCCGACUCUUUAAAUGUGAUCCAGCCGGCCAUUUUUUUGGUCAUAAGGCAACAAGUGCGGGAUUGAAAGAACAAGAAGCAAUUAAUUUUUUGGAGAAGAAAAUGAAAAAUGAUCCCGAAUUUUCUUACGAUGAGACUGUACAGACUGCAAUUUCUGCUUUGCAAUCUGUUCUACAAGAAGACUUCAAGGCUAAUGAGAUCGAGGUUGGAGUCGUGAGACGGGAUAAUCCGGCCUUUCGAGUUCUUACUAUGGAGGAAAUUGACGAGCACUUGACUGCCAUCAGCGAGCGUGAUUAAUUUACCAUUCGAUUUCGAUCAUAAUUGUUUUGAAGUUUACUGUUUUUAUUGGGGAGUGAUGAUGUUUAUUUUGGUCGAGUUUAUUAUGUUCAAGAUGUUGAUUGAUAAUUACACUAGUUUCUAAUUGACGUCCAAACGUAUAGGAUUGGU